CAAGUAAUGGAUGAUCCGUGGACUGGAUACACCACAAGAGAAAUAAAUUUAUCAGGUAAGCAUAAAUUAUGUUUUUUCCUUAAAAUGUCCUAAGUAUUCAAACCCCAUUGCAAAGGACAUUAAGCAGCAAAUCCAGUAUGCCUGUCCCGGGACAGCCAAGGGAGUGAGCCUCGUGCACACAUGUUAUUUCCCGAUUCAGUUUAAGGAAGUUUACUAUGAAAUCUCAUGAGUUAAAUCAAAUCUCAUGAGAUCACAGUAAAAGAGUUCAUGACCUCAGCACUGUUGAUGCUGAUUGGCUGCUGUUCAUUUCUUCAUUUUUUUUUUUUUUUUUAUAUAUUUUUUUUUUUUUACCUGCAGCUGGACAGUAACUUAAAGAAGUUUUUACACAGGACUUACUCUGCUGAGCUGAGGAAAUUGUGAGGUCAAAUAUCUUCCUUUUUUACAUAGAGGUGUUCAGGUGAUAUUUUCCUGUCAGCUUUUUACAGUUAUACUGCAUCAGUUUCAAGUGAUUUAGCAUAUGAGUAUUAUGUCCCUUUAAGUCGGUGUACUCCAAUACUAACUAUUAAAGAGACCUGGGUAGACAGUGUAGGUUGCCAUUCCACUAAAUGGAUGUCUCUUCUUCAGAUGGAAUUUGACUUGUUACAUGUUGUAUGCCGCUGCUUUCUGAAUGGCACUAAAAUGACAAUUUCUGUUGCACUGUAGUUUAUUUCUCUUAGCAUGCUUUCAUAGCUUUCUGUUUUUUAUUUGUUUUGUUUUUUUGUUCUUUUCUCCAAAGGUAAAAUGUCACAAACCGUUUUAGAAAGGUGAUUAGAUGAUAUUAUUCUCAUCAUGGUCCAAAGAUCUGAGGAGCAUCUGAAUUCUGUGCAUCUGUGGGGGCGAUUGUUUGCAAAACCAAAGAAGACCUCCGAUAAAAAGGAGGCCGGAAAAGUAACAAGGGAUAACCCAAGAGAGUCAUUUGUAAUUAAAGCACAAAAGUAGCCGCGGAACUUCUGUCUAUCAGUAAACACCAGAAACGUGAAGAUAAACUCAUGAGUGUCAGCCACUGCAACCCCACACAACGAAGCAGUGAACGUGAUGUCUAUCCCAGUGAGGAUGUCCCUGAAGUGGAGUUGGUCAACAUGCUAGAGGAUCAGCUGCCCCAGUACAAAUUACGUGUGGAUUCCCUGUACCUUUAUGACCACCAAGACUGGAUCCAUUCCCCAACACACCAAAGCAAUGGCCUCAGCAGCCUGUCUCCAGUCCUUGCAGAGGAGACCUUCCGUUACAUGAUUCUCGGCUCAGAGAAAGUAGAACAGUUGAACAGAAGUUACAAUGAUAGCGACAUGGUCAAACAUCUUCUGGCUGAGAGGGACCGGGACCUGGAGCUGGCUGCUCGUAUUGGACAGGCCCUGCUGAAAAGGAACCACAUAUUGACUGAGCAGAAUGAAUCUCUGGAGGAUCAGCUGGCACAAGCGCUUGACCACAUCAACCAACUCCAGCAUGAGUUGUCCAAAAAGGAUGACCUUCUCCGAGUGGUGUCCAUAGCAUCAGAGGAGAGUGAGACUGACUCCAGUUGUUCCACCCCGUUGCACACUGACUCAUUCAUAUUGUCACAUGGGCUGCUGCAGCUGGAUAAUCUCCAUGGGAAACUUAAGGAGUUGGAGGAGGAAAACCUUGCACUACGCUCAAAGGCUAGCCAUAUAAAAACGGAAACCAUUACUUAUGAAGAGAAGGAGCAGCAGCUGGUCAUUGACUGUGUGAAGGAAAUCCGAGAGUCCAGUGUCCAGAUUGGCAGACUGACUGAGGAGCUGUCCAGCAAGGGUGAUGAGAUUGUACGAUACCAGGAGGAGAUCUCCACCGUGCUUAGUCAGAUUGUGGACCUUCAACACAAGUUGAGAGAGAGUGCAAUUGAGAAGGAGGAGCUCAGACUUCACCUGCAGGCAUCCAAGGAGGCUCAGAGACAGCUCACUGCUGAGCUCCAUGAAUUACAGGACCGCAAUGCAGAAUGCCAGGGAAUGCUCCAAGAAUCUCAGGAUGAGGUAAAGAUGCUGCGGAGUAAAUCCAGCCCUUCAGCUCAUCUUAGGCGCCCGCAAUCCUGUGCCCUUUUUCCAGUGGAUUCCUUGGCAGCAGAGAUCGAGGGUACCAUGAGAAGGGAGCUCAGUUUUAAUGAAGAUUCAUUCUUUGGAAAUCGAAAGAGCCAGCCAAAACGAGUCUUUGAUACUGUCAAGGUAGCAAAUGAAGCUCGUUGUCGUUCCUCUUCAUUUCCACCUCCUCUGCCAAUACCAGGAUCAAAUCGCUCUAGUGUGGUGAUGACAGCUAUUCCUUUUGAAUCUGGUGUGAAAGUGGAGCAGAAGAAUCCCAGUACAUCUUUAUGUGAGGAUGUGCAAAUGAAAGAUGUUAAACAAAUUCAGCAAGAAAUUCUUGGAGAUGCUUUAGAAUCAGCCCUUCACAGGCUUCACCUUCGGAGGCAGAACUAUCUAAGUGAGAAACAGUUCUUUAAGGAUGAUUGGGAGAGGAAACUCAAGCUUCUGGAGUCUGAGAGGGAGGCUAGUGGCUGCAGCUCACCCACUGGAAGCAUCAUCUCCUGUGGAACACAUCAUUCAGAGUUUACAGAUUUCUCUGGCACCUCUAGCACUGUUCGUAGCCUCUUGCCAGAGAAGCUGCAGAUUGUCAAACCCCUAGAAGGUUCUCAGACUCUUCAUCACUGGCAGCAGCUGGCUCAACCUAAUCUAGGAACUAUUCUGGAUCCACGUCCUGGAGUGCUGACCAAAGACUUCAAGCCGCUUCCUGAAGAUGCUGUCUAUCAGCUUUGUGACUUGGAGGAGGAUGAGAAAGAAGAGGAGGAAGAUGAUGGAGGCAUAACCUUUCAGGUGAAAGAGAGGGAGGAAGCAGUGUCAAUCCCCACAAUGAAGAUAUUCCUCCCUCCUAUCACUUCCUCAUCCAACCCCACAAUGAAGAUAUUCCUCCCAUCUAUCCCUUCCUCAUCCAACCAGACUUCUGCCAUAAACCCAGGCAAGUGCCUGUGCUGCACAAAUUCUACUUUCACCUUUACUACCUGCCGGAUUCUGCAUCCUUCUGACAUCACUCAGGUUACUCCUAGUUCCAUGUACAAUCCAUCAUCUAUUAUAAGCAGUGGCACUAGUACAGCCAGCACGGCAGUGAGCUCACCCUGUCGUCUGAGCACAGGAGAAGCCCUCAUUGAGAGAAAAGAUUCCACAACUUUGUUCAGCACAACAAGUAGCUUGGCUAAAUUACUGCAAGAACAAGGAAUUUCUGCCAAGAUCACAGAGCAGCCUUCACGUCCAAGUGUGUUGCCUCUCCCCUCCACCCCACCAAAUUCUCCUUCACUUUCACCAAGUCCAUCUCCUGCGACAUUAGAACCACAGACAAACUCAACAGAAAACUUUCUUGCGGUUUCCAAGCCUGCUGAGAGCUUUCUUCAGGAAAUGUAUGGCCUUAAGCCAUCAAGGAAUCAACCCGACCUAGGGCAGUUGAAAAUUAAUCUUGUGGAGCGGCUCAAGCGGUUGGGCAUUGCAAGAGUAGUAAAUCAGUCUACCACAGGAAUACAUGAAAGGAGUCCAGAACAGAACAAUGGGCUGAAACGGCAAGAGUCAGCUGUCUUUGUUGGUGCAAGUAGUAGUUUGUUGAGUGGUCUAAGGAGAAACCAGAGUCUUCCGGCUUUCAUUGGUGGACUUGUAGCUCCAACUUGCUCCUCCUCUCCUAAAAUGGGUAGCUUAAAAGAAGACUGAAUAGAAAAAAAAAAAUGUUGGCUCAGAAGGAACUUUAAAACUUGCUAUCCUUAAAAAUAGAAAGAUAGUCAUUGAAGGUAUGAGUAUGUUGAUUAGAGGGUUGCUGGUAGGUGGUAGAAUGGAAUGUCUUGUAAAGAUGAAAAAUGGAAAAGUAUAAAGAACCAGGACGUUUUACAGAAAAGACCAGGAAAAGUUAUCUAGAAAGUAUUGAUGGUAGUGACAAUUGAGGGGUUUCAGGAGCUUAUGUUUUGUGAGCCACUGAACAAUCUGUUCAGAAACAAAUCUGUUUUGCAGUUAUGCCUGACCAUAUUUAGUGCAUCACUGCGCAUAGUAUUGAGAAACUGUUCAACUAUGGACUUUCUAAAACCAGAAGCACCGUGGAUGGCUGUUCAGAGCCUAGAAACAGAGCACAAGAGAAAGUUGUUUAGAACACAAAUUUUAUGGAAAAAUAUUUGCAGGAAGGAUUUAACAGUUAUGGAUCAGAAAGACUGGACGUGAAUAGAAAAUAUUUAUAGGUGAUAAAUGGGUGAUAGUCUUCAGGGCAUUUAAAAAAAAAAAAUAACCUUUUUUAUUUCAAAAGUUUUAAACCUCACCUAUGGACAGCUGUUGGUCAGUCUUCUUUAAAUGCAUCUCUUGCUACAGCCGACAUGGUGUUCUGCAGUUCAUGCAGUAUUGUUUUAGGCUCCAGACAUUGAUCCAAACUUAAAAAUGUAUUUUAUAUUAAACAUAGCAAAAGGCGUUUUAAGUAGAAUAUGCCAACAGAAGGGAUGCGUUUUAAACUAUUGUUAUAAGUCUAGACAAUAAAAUGUAACUGGGACAGUAACAUGGAUUCUAUCACUUGUAUGAGAUGCUAGAUAUAGAUUCAUGGUGCCUACCUGGUUACAGAACACAAUGACAUUUGCACCAAAAGAGUUAAAGGAACUUAAAUAAAGGCUGCUUAAUGCAAGCUCUUUUUGGGAGCAACUUUUAAGGUUUAAGAAUCUUCUAGAGCAUAAAGCCCUGCAUAAAUAAGAACGUCUUAAGAUCCAAUCCUUCUCUUUUCUUUUUUUUUUUCUUUUUUUUUUGAUGGUAAAGAGGUUCCUACUUAUAGUGAACAAAAUGAAGUAUAAAAGCCCUUUAAAGUGACAGUAAAGUCAAAAUUAAACUUUUAUGAUUUGGGAAUAGCAUGCAAUUUUAAACAACUUUCCAAUUUACUUCUGUUAUCAAAUUUGCUUUGUUCUUUU